AUGGGUGAGAUUAUGGACUUCUCUUAUCAACAUCUAUGUGACUCUCCAUUGACUGAGACAACAACAAAAGACUUGGAGCGUAUGAAAUUCCACAGUUCCUUAAAAGAGUUCACCUCCUCUGUAUCUAACGCAAUAGCAAAACAAGAAAGAGAGAUGAAGAAUGGAGAAGGAGAAGAAGAGCCACAUACAACAUUGAGCAGGAAGGGGAAGAGAAAGAUUAAGUAUUUUGUGUCCAUAGCAAAAUCAUAUCAGCCUUACAUGUUCUUUCAAGCUCGAUCGGUAAAUAACAUUACUUGGACUUGGACCACUUGGUUGAUGUAA